AUGCAUCUCAUUCUCACCGGUGCAAGUGGCCUGGUCGGCUCGUCCGUCCUGGACGCCAUGAUCAAGAUGAAGGACGUCACCAAAAUCUCCAUUCUCAGCAGAAGACCGAUCCCCAUGGUCGAGGACGCCAAAGAUCCUCGCAUAAAUGUCAUCAUUCACAAGGACUUUGAAAAGUACGACUCGGAAGUCCUCGACAAGCUGAAAGGCGCAAACGGCGCGGUAUGGGCAUUGGGCAUCAGCCAGAGCAAAGUCACCAAGGAAGAAUACGUAAAAAUCACAAAGGACUACACCAUCGCAGCGGCCAAGGCAUUCGCGACACUGCCGCCGGAGAACGAGCCCUUCCGCUUCGUCUACGUCUCCGGCGAGGGGGCCACCCAAAAACCGGGCCUCUUCAGCGCCAUCUUCGCCCGCGUCAAGGGCGAGACCGAGACGCUGCUCUCCGAGAUGCGCGCCGCCGACCCCCGCCUGCAGGCCGAGUCGAUCCGCCCGGCCUUCGUGGACGCCGCCAACCACACCGCCAUCAAGCCGUACAUUCCCAACCCGGGGCUGGCGUACAACGUCAUGAACGUCACUCUGGGACCCCUGAUCAGGAUGGCGCCGUCGCUCAUGAGCCCGACUGAGAUUCUGGGAGGGUUCAUGGCGGAGAUGGCGAUGGGCAAGCAUGAUGCCGGCAUGGCGGCUGGCGGCAAGGGAAUCAUCACUCUGAAUGGCGGGUUGAGGGUUGUUGAGAAUGUCGGCUUCAGGAGGUUGGCGGGACUGUCAUGA